AUGGAGCCAAUCCACUCAGAUGAUGACAUGGAAGGCGUGGUCGAUGAAUCCUCUAAACAACCAUAUUCUGCAUAUCUGCAUGGAAUCAAUGGAGAGCCUGAGGUACAUCCGCGUGUUGGAGAUCAGUACCAGGCAGAUAUCCCGGCUCUAGUCCCAGAACACGAUCGUUUAAAGCUCAUUAGAUGCUUCGGAUCAGAGCCUCACCUGCAGAGUCUGGUCACAUUCCCUCUGCCUAUCCCACUCAUGUGGGCAAGAAGUGAGAAAUUCAGAGGUUUCCGUGAAGCCGAGAGUGAGAAAGGGAAUCCCACAAGCGAUGUUCCCUUGGAGAAACCUAGAAUGAAACCGAGGAGUAUGGUGCUUGCGUUGCCAUGCCAAAGAAACGCUAAGUUCAAAUUCGAGUGGCUCGAGAAGAGCCUCUAUCCAUUCCCUGGGACUUUGGGUGAGUCUUGGGAAGACACCGAGCAGGAGAGGUUUCUUCUUGGCCUCUACUGUCUUGGGAAAAACCUUGCCUUGGUGCAGAGAUUUGUUGGGAGCAAAAAGAUGGGAGAUAUGCUCGCAUACUAUUACGGCAGCUUUUACAUGUCCAAUGCAUACCUGAGGUGGGUAGAUGGACGCAAGCUGAGAAGCAGACGCUCUGUUCAAGGCCACAAGUUGUUGACAGGCUGGAGGCAACAAGAACUGCUCUCUCGGAUCUCGUCUCAUGUAUCUGAGGAAUGCAACAGUAUGUUGCUUAAGGUAUCCAAAGCAUUUAGAGAAGAUAAGGUUGCACUGGAGGAGUAUGUGUUCACUUUAAAGAACACGGUUGGUAUCGACAUGCUUACAGAAGCGAUUGGUAUAGGUAAAGGAAAAAAAGAUUUGUCCAACUGCGCGUUAGAGCCAACCAAGUUGAAUCAUAGAGCCUCUGGAGUACGAAUACGCAAUGACCUUCCGAUUGCCGAUAUUGUCAAAUUCUUAACCGGAGAGUAUAGGCUGAGCAAAACGCGGUCCAGUGACCUCUUCUGGGAAGCUGUUUGGCCACGUUUACUGGCAAGAGGGUGGCACUCUGAGCAGCCGAAAGAUGGUCCGAGGAAUUCUCUUGUUUUUCUCAUACCGGAAGCCAAUAAGUUUUCCAGGAGGAAGAUGUCAAAGGGGAAUCACUACUUUGAUUCUCUCACUGAUGUCUUGAACAAAGUUGCUUUAGAUCCCACGCUUCUUGAGCUCACAACUGAUGAGGAUCGAGAGGAGAGAGUGAGCAAAGAAGAGGAAAUCAAGAAUGACCCGCCGUUAAACUUUGACGAUUCUGAUGAUUCUUCACAAAACAGCAAGAAGAAGAAAAGGUACCUACAACCACGCUGCAAAAGUCAGGAGGAGGUCACCAUGUUUACUAUUGUGGAUACCAGUGAGGCGAAUGGUGUGGAAGGAUGUACAUUGAAAGAGCUAAGAUCACUGCCUGUUGAGGCCGGCAAUUCAAUAGCAAACUCCCCAAGUCACUUGAGCGAAUCUGAGGAUAACCUGUCAGAAGAAUCUGAAAACAAGGCAGAGACAACAGCUAAAUCAAUGGCUUCAAGAGUGUGCCGUGGGGACUGUAUUAGUUCUGGUAAGAGCAGCUCUGUAAACAUGGACAAUUCCACGAGUCGGACCACCAUUUCGCUCAAUGAGAGACAGCAGAAGAACCGGAAAGGCGGGAGACCAAGAAAUUCAAAAUUGUUACCCGUCUGCGCCAAAAGGAGUAGCUUGGCAGACUGUACCUUGAGAGAAUCAGGUUGUUUUGGUGAAACUCAGUACAGGAAAAAGAAAACAGUGAAAAAGGGGACACAGAUGAGACCAAACCCAUCAGAAGCUGAUCAAAAUGUAGUGUUGAUGAGUGAGGACCAUAUCGAUCAAGAUCAAACUCCGAAACUGUCCUCAACCGAUUCCUUUGCAGAAGAUAGCUCUUGUCGAAGAAAUGAGGAUCGCCAAAUAUCAUCGGAAAGACCUGAAGCCAGAGAAGAUUUCGACUUGAACGUUUCGCAAAUCUCACUAGAACGUGAAGAUGAUGGUACUGAUACUGUCAUCACAGACGUGGUACAGAACAGUGAGAGUUCUUGUGCAGAGCAGUCAUCUUCUUUUCUAUUGGAUGUGGAAAUGCAGUGUAAGCCACAGGAGCUGCUGGUAACCGGUGAUCUGUUUCCUGGUCGAAGGCAGAGUACAAGGACCCGACCGUUGACUACAAAGGCAUUGGAAGCUUUUGCUUUUGGGUACCUUGGUAACUCGAAAAAGAAGAGAAAGGCUACGGAAGAGUCGCCGAGAAACAAGUCAAGAACAAAGUCUACAAAGCGCAUCCAUCGUCGCUCACUUGUGUCCUCUGGCUUUAGAAACGGAACUGUGGAGGAUGGUUCGAACACUGACGAGAAUGAAUAG